AUGGAAAAACGAACGGGAGAGAGUCCAAUGGACUUUGAAUGGCAAACUCGAGCCCCCGGCGACGUGACCUCGCCCUUCUACCAGCUUGGAGCGCAGCAUGAGAAGAAACCACAUUCGAAUCCCCCCCAGAAGCAAGCGCUACCCUCCCUCCGCGAACCAAACUCUCAACCUUUCCUCUUUUCACAGCCCCGACAACAACCCGCACCACUAUCGCCAAAGGCUAAAUUUGGCCAACCUGCUUUCCAGACACCACGGAAAUUUGAUGUAGAUUUCUCAUCAGGCGCCGAGAAUAUGUCGUCACCGGAAUAUGCAGACAAUGAGGAUACACCGGAGCAGCAGUACAAGUCAGGGAAGGGAACCUCGUCACUAUUCAACUUUCAUGGCCGGAAUCCGCAGAGCCCAGGGCGAGGUGAAAUCCCUCGGCUGACCCACCACUCCAACGCAGCCUUACACCGGAUACAAAAGAAACGACGGAGAGACAAGGAACUCGGCCGACAAAUACGAGUCGACAGCGAUGACGAUAGCGACCUAGACCGGCCCAGCAGCAGGGAACAGAAGUCGAUGAAAGCCACGAAGCAAGGAAAGGGACAGAAGCCUGACCAGGAGGGUCGCUCGCGGGUGUCAUCCUGGUCUGAGUUCUUCAGCAUGCUGGAGGCACACCCGAAUGUCCCCGCCAUCCUGUCAUGGUGGGCCCAGCUGGUGGUCAACCUGUCGCUGUUCUCUCUGGCCGUCUAUGUCGUCUUCGGAUUUGUGUCAGCCAUCCGCGGCGAGUUCGAGCAGGCUGCGCAAGAAAUGUCCGAUACUAUCUUGGCCGACAUGGCGGUCUGCACCAAAAGCUACAUCGACAACGACUGCGCGCGAUCGAAUCGCGCGCCAGCCCUGGAAACAAUAUGCGAGAACUGGGAACGGUGCAUGAAUCGUGACCCGGCGAAGGUUGGCCGCGCCAAGGUCUCCGCGCAUACGAUGGCUAUUAUCAUCAACAGUUUUAUUGACCCCAUCAGCUGGAAGGCGAUUCUGUUCUUCCUUGCGACUAUAUCCACCGUUACCGUCGUUAGCAAUUGCACUAUGCGCAACAUCCACCCCCCACCCCAAUCCAUGCACCCCCAGCUGCAGCACAACCCCUCAUUCGGGUACUACGGGCAGCAAGACCCUCGGCAAACCCAAGGCGUCCCCUACGACGAGAAACAAGAUCAGCCCCUGAUGCUUGAGAAUACACGGGCGAUGGACUUUGUCACUGAGCGCUCUCGUGAGCGCGAGCAGCACCUCCGGACACCGAGCCCAACCAAGCGCAGGUUUGCCUAA